AUGCUCUUCACACAGCACGCAGGCAUUGGCGCGGCCGCCACGAUCCCGGUGCCGGAUGCUCAGCCGAUUGUGGUCUACAGCCCUCUCAUUCUCAAGACACCCAACCGCCGUGUCGACCUGCAGCUGCGUGUCACUGCGCCGGCUUCUGUGGAGAAGACCAACAAUGGCAAAGGGCUUCCCAUCCUCCUUUUGUCUCACGGCCACGGCCGCAGCGACUGGCUGUCGUCGCAGCAGGGCUACGCGCCGCUUGUCGAGUUUUAUGCCGGCCACGGCUUUGUGGUGCUGCAGCCGACGCACCUCAGCUCCAGGGCUCUCGGCCUGGAGCUGAACGGCGACUCCAUCCGCGAGCUGUUUCUCGAGUCGCGCGUCCAGGACAUGUCGACCCUGCUGGACCGGCUCGACGAGAUCGAGGAUGCGGUGCCUUUUCUGCAGCGCGGCCAGCUCGACCGAGCACGCGUCGCCGUGGCCGGUCACUCGCUCGGCGGCAUCACGGCCAGCGUGCUCCUGGGCGCCGUCAACACAGACCCGCGCGACGGGCACGUGACAAACGCUGUGGACACGCGCAUCAAGGCAGGCGCCAUCAUUGGCGGCCCAGGCAGUGCGGGCACGAACCUGUCGGACCUCUCGGACAACGGCAAGAUCAUGCUGCCGCUGUACGACCCGGAAUUUUCCACGAUGGCGACGCCCGCCCUCGUGGCGUGGGGCGACGAGGACGUCGGUCCGCACCUGACGGUGCGCGGCGCCGACUGGCACAACGAUCCCUACAUGCUGGCGCCGGCGCCCAAGGUGUCGCUCACAAUCAAGGGCGGCAAGCACGGGUUCGGCGGCAUCAGCGGGUGGGAUGCAGGGGAGACGCAGGACGGCAGUCCCGAGCGGCUGGGCGCCGUGCAGCGUCUGACGUGGGCCUAUCUGUGGAGCCAGCUGUACCCGGAGGACAGGGCCUGGGCAGAGGCGAGCGCGGCGCUGCAGGGGCUGGCGGAUCUGGGCAGUGUUGAGAGCAAGUAG